GAGACUUAAAACGUUAAUUUUUAAUUAAUAUGAUUAAGAUGUGUAAACGGCAAUUCAAAGAAGAAAAAGACAAUAGAAACGACAAAUAGAUCGCUGUGUCGCACCAUUUUCUCAAUUCGUCAACACCAAAAAAACAGAGAAGAAACAAAAACAACACACAAAAAAACAGUGACGGUUCUACUCUGUUACUUUCUUCUCACCGACGCUACUUUCCCAUUUUACCCUUAUCGGAAACCCUAUGCGUUGUAAACUAUCUCUUCCGUGGAUCCUGUGUUGGAAACAGGAUAAGAUUUAACAAAAAAUGCUGAUUUUUGAGAUUUUAGGGUUACAAGGUUUUGUUUAUUUGUUUUUGCUUUUGGGGUUUGUAGUGAUUCGUUAUGUUUGGAAGAAUGCGGAAGCCAAAAAGGAAGAGGUUAUAAUGUUAGUUCAAGAUACUGCUGCCAUGGCUGAAGCUUAUGCUGAUUCAGCUUCUUAUGAUGAUGUUUCAGCUAAUUAUAGUGAUUCAAAUUUGAAUUCAAAUUCAGUUCCUGUUUCAGAGUGGUAUCAGUGUGCUGUUUGUUAUUCACCUACUACCAUGAGAUGUGCUCGUUGCAAAGCUGUUAGAUACUGUUCGGGUAAGUGUCAAAUUAGUCACUGGAGGCAAGGCCACAAGGACGAAUGUUGUCCUUCGGUUACAACUACUAGGAAUAUCGAAGACGGAAAUAUUACUUGUAGAGCGUCAGUAUCAGAAACACAGUUUGAUCUUCAUGAAAUCAAAGGAAAAUAUGGUGCUGGAUCUUACAAUGACUCACUUUCCAACUUUAAUCCGUCUGUUGCUGCAAGAAAAUCAUUUGAUGAUAACCGUCAUGAGACUCAUGACACAUUUACGAAACCUGUUCAUGAUAAUACUGCUGAUGACACAUGUGUAGCUUCCACCGACAGCGACGAAACCGUGUUACCCACCUCAUUUCCCUUGGAAUCUAAAAAUCCUGUCAAUAUUGAAGUUAAGAAUUGUAGUUCAAGUAAAAGAAGCAAGAAAAAGUCUAGUAACAACAGUGAUGAGUCUGGAUUUAAAUCAAAAGUUCCAAAAGUCAAAUUUGACACAUCUCAUGAUGCGGCAUCAAAUUUGGUUGGCCACGAACACAAACGAAAAGUUGAAUCAGUUGAAAAAUCAGUAGCAGAUACCUCUAAGGGCAGGGCUGUGCCUUCCUCGAGUAAUUCAAAUAAAGAUGUUGCAGCUGAUUAUGUGGAAGAUUCAUAUUUGUCCAGGUACAAAGAAGGACGAAGAUCAUCAUCUAGUUCUCGUGAUCGACUAUUAUCAACUGCUAAAGAGGAUUUGAUUUCACAUUCCAUGUCUACAAAAACUGAAAAUUAUCAUGCAUUGCCUUCAAAAUUUAGCGUUGCUCCAAAUCCUCCACAAAAUAUUCGUAGUGGUUUGAAAACAUCAAUGCAAAAAGUUGUCCAGCAGUUUAGAAGCUCAAAAGAAUCAAGAUCCAAUCAAAUGUCAGUUGAAAAUGAGUUGGGCUUUCCUUAUGAACUUUUUGUGGAGCUUUAUUGUUAUGACAAGGUGAAACAAUUACCGUUUGGCCUUACAAACUGUGGGAACAGCUGUUACGCUAAUGCAGUACUCCAGUGUUUGGCGUAUACUCGGCCUCUAACAUCGUAUCUUUUGCAAGGGUUCCAUUCGAAACGAUGUCAGAAGAAGGGAUGGUGUUUUUUCUGCGAGUUUGAAUAUCUAAUUCAGAAGGCAAAAGAAGGGAAUUCUCCACUUUCUCCAAUUGGGAUAUUAUCUAAGAUACACAAGAUUGGAAGUCAUCUUGGACAUGGGAGAGAGGAAGAUGCACAUGAAUUUUUGAGGGGUGCAGUUGAUAUAAUGCAAUCUAUUUGCCUCAAAGAAGCCGGUGUUUCGAGUCCUCUGACAGAAGAAACAACUCUCAUUGGGUACACCUUUGGAGGUUAUCUACGAUCUAAGAUAAAGUGCUUAAGGUGCCUAGGGAAAUCUGAGAUGUAUGAGAGAAUGAUGGAUCUUACUGUUGAGAUUGAUGGGGAUAUUGAUACUUUGGAAGAGGCUCUUGGACAGUUUACAGCGCCUGAAAUCUUGGAUAAAGAUAAUAAAUAUAAUUGUGGCAGAUGUAAAUCAUAUGAGAAAGCCAAGAAGAAGCUGACAGUAUUGGAGGCACCAAAUAUUCUUACAAUUGUAUUAAAACGAUUUCAGUCUGGUAACUUUGAAAAGUUGAAUAAGUCAGUUCAGUUUCCUGAAGUCCUGAAUAUGACUCCAUAUAUGAGUGGAACAAAGGAUAAAUCUCCAGUAUACAGUCUUUAUGCAGUUGUUGUCCAUUUGGAUAUCAUGAAUGCUGCAUUUUCAGGCCAUUAUGUUUGUUAUGUGAAGAACAUCCGAGGAGAAUGGUUCAGGAUUGAUGACAGCAGGGUAGAACCUGUCGAAUUGUCGAGAGUCUUAUCAGAAAGGGCAUACAUGCUUCUUUAUGCAAGGCACUCUCCAAAGCCUCUGAGUUCAGUAAGUAGCAAUGCAACCUUUUCAACUGGAAAGUUCAAGAGGAGGAACUUGGAAGCCAUUCCUGCUGUUUCUAAGACGCGAUCAAAUUCCAUGGCUACAGGUGCUGAUUCUCCGUCCGUACAGCAGAAGCAGGGACAGCACACUAACUGGAAUGCUGUCAACGAUUCCUAUACCAAUGAAUCUGCAUAUACAGAAGAAUGGAGAUUCAACUAUCGGGGAAGAAAUACAUUGGUGGAUUCUUCAAGCGAAAGCUCACUUUUCAGCUCUUCUGAUGCAAGUUCUUGCAGUACUGCAAGUACCAAGGACUCAGCUAGUACUGUGGACUUUUCAGAUUACAUAUUUGGUGAGGCAGGAUCCAAUUGGCAUGGCCACUAUGGAAUUUCGUCUAACUCAGCGGCAUCUUCUUCGUAUGAUAACUUACAUACAGAUUUUUCAGUGGACAAUGAUGCUAAUAGGAGGAUCCAGCAGGACUCGGAAGAUAAAGCAAUUUCGAAUGCUAACAAAAACAAAAGUCAUAGUGGUAGUGGUAGGUGGGGAAUUGACCUUAAAAGAUUUGUCACUGCUAAGCAUCAUGACAAAAAUUCUGUUGUACAUGCAAGAAAAACAAGUAGAGAUGCAUCAGCUCAAACAUUUUAUUGAGUUUGAGUUGAGAUAGAAUCAAUCAUCUGGGAUAUUUUUGGUACAGUGAAAAUCAAUAUUUCACUAAUAUAAGUAGAAUGGGGAUUCUUGUUUUGAUGUUCAGUCUUAGCUCAAGAAUUCUUGUGUACAAGUAAGAAUGAAUAACAAAUUGAGAUGCAACAGCUCAAACAUUUUGUUGAGUUUGAGUUGAGACAGCAAUCAUCAAUAAUUUUUGGUACAGUGAAUAUCA